AUGGUGUCCCUUGUGGAUUUUUCAGUGGGAAGAGGUUUAAAGCAAGGUGAUCCAUUAUCACCUAUACUUUUUGUUCUAAUGGAAGAUGUUCUAAGCAGGAAUAUUUCUCAUUUAGUGAAUCAAGGAAAAAUACUUCCAAUGGUGGUUAAGAAUGGUAUCUAUCCAACUCACCUCUUCUUUGCAGAUGAUGUGUUUAUCUUUUUCAAUGGUGCUAAAAAAUCUUUAAACAAUCUAUUUACCUUACUUGAUGAAUACCAAGCUAGUUCAGGUCAGUUAAUCAACAAAGAUAAAAGUAAGUGUUUCAUUGAUGGUGUUACUUCAGCCAGGAAGCAACAAAUAUGUGAGAUGGUAAAUAUGGACUUAUCAAAAUUUCCUGAUAAAUACUUAGGAGUACUUUUAGCUCCUGGAAGAGUUACUUCAGCAAUGGUUUGGCCUGUAGUAGAAAUGAUUCAACACAGAUUAGCUAAAUGGAGAGAUGGCCUGCUUCAGUCAUCAAAAUUUGUGAAACGCUUAUCAGAAACUUCUUAUGGUCUGGCAACAGUGAAGUUAGAAAACACAAAACAUUAUCUUGAAAAAGGUGAUGGUGCUAAUAUCUCAGUUUGUUUUGAUACAUGGUAUGAAACAGUUCCCAAGAUAAAUGAAAUUGGAUACUCUGAAGUUGUCAAAAAUAAUCUGCAGAUGAAAGUAAAAGAGCUGAUAAAAAGUAAUCAAUGGGAAAUUCCCUCUGAGUUGCAAUCUGUUUUUGUUCUUAGUAACAUGCUUGGUGUUUAUAUUGAUGAUGAAACAAUGAGAAAUGAAGGUUAUGAAAUGCCUUCCAGAUGUUUCUUUGCAUUCCCAAGACCAUUAUCAUUUGCAGAUAUAUGUAAGGCAGCAGAUAAGCAAAGUCCAUUGAUUAAAGAAAUUUGGUUCACAGUUGUUUGUGCUACAAUGAAAGAAUUAUGGUUCCAAAAGAACUCAAUUCUGUUUGACAAUGGAAAGGUUCACAUACAUCUCUUCAAAAGCAGAAUUCUUCAAGUGGUCCAUGAAGGGGGUAUCAGAAUGAAAGAUUUCAUCAUAGAAAUUUAUGAUGUUGUUGAAUGUUUUUGGGAACCACCGGAUGUGGGAGAACUUCUACUUUGUUGUGACGGCGCAGCUAAAGGUAAUCCAGGCAAUGCGGGAGCUGGUGUGGUCGCAAGGGAUGCUAGUUGUACUGUGCUAGGAGCAAUUUCGAUUGGGCUUGGCGUUACAACAAACUACUUAGCUGAGAUUUAUGGAAUCAUCAUUGGGCUGGAGUGGGAGACUAAAUGGAGGAUACUGAGAGUUAAAAUUAGAACAGAUUCAAAGGCAGCCCGAAUUGGUUUCACAAGUAAUGCUUUAACAUGGUUUUCUAGAGAUCGUUGGAGGGAAAUACAAACCAAGUAUGAUUUUAUUCAUUUUGAUCACACUUUUAGAGAGGAAAAUUUUGCUGCAGACAACAUGGCGAAAAGGGUUGCAAUCAAGCUAAUGAAGUUGGCAUAA